GAAAGCAAGUGGAUCAUUAAUCGUGGCAUUAACGAAUCGUACAGAUCAUUGUGAAAACUUAAAAUUGAAACAAGAAAAUUGUAAAAAAUGGAUUGCGAUAACUGGGUGCUAACUAUCAGACCAAAACGAGUCACCAAAGAAGAAAUAAGAAAAUGCAGUAGGCCUAGUUGUUUCUCUGAUGAAAAACCUGUAUAUGCUGGAUAUUCGGCGCCACCGCAAGCAUAUUAUCCGUUUAGAGCUCAAGCUCCACCAGCUCAAACUUAUCAGGCAAUGCCUCGAAAUAGCCCGUACUUAAAUAAGCCGCAAAAUCAAUCCGUAGAAGAUGAACAAAGCAGUCCUUUGGGUAGAAGCGAACAGAGUCAAAUUUACACAAACUCCGGCCCUUCUUCGAGUAGCGUGGAGUACCAACCCAAUGGACCAAUAUACGGAUAUCGUGGAGGUCCUCUGAGCAGUGCGCCAUAUCAACUGAAUGGUGGUCCAGUAUACGGAAAUCGUGGAGGUCCUCUGGACAGUGAUCCGUAUCAACUCAAAGGCCCAGUACAUGUAUACCCAGAGUCAUCCUCGAUACCUAAAUUUUUAUAUGGACUGAUGGGUCGUCGUCGUAAAUAAAGAUACGUAGAAUAUUGCUGCAUCGGUACAUUUUAUAUGUACAACUCUAUCUACUCCAGAAAAUGGCUGUUUUUUUGAUAUAAAUGUACUCAUACACUAAUAUAAAAUAAAAUGAACACUGUACUCUAAUCGAUAAAGCAAAACAUGAAUGCAAAUAAAAUAUUAUGUAAAAAAAUA